AACUGCACACCCCCCUCGCUUCCUCACGCUCACCCACGAUCUAUGUGGGUGCCCUAGAGAGCGCACCCAAGGGGGGGUGGGAAAGUGUGUAUCAGACGCUCCGCGGAUCCCCCAGGCAGCCUCGGAUCACCCUGCCGGGCGCACAGAGCCGACAUGCCGCGGAGGAAGCAGCAAGCGCCUCGGCGCGCCUCAGCAUACGUCCCUGAAGAUGAGAAGGAAGCUGCUCUUUUGGACGACGACCUGGACGGAGACGACUCUGCUCAGGAAGGCGAGGAACCUGCAGUCAAGCUCCUCUGUCAGGACAGGCCAGGAUCCACUGGUUUCCAUGAUUCCCCCAACGCUGCUGACUUCUCUGGUCAGGAGCUGGACAGCGAGUCUCACCUCAGUGAAUCCUCAGAUAGAAUGUCUGAUUUUGAGAGCUCCUCACUGAAGAAUGAGGACGACGUCCUUCUCUCUAAAGACUCUUCCUCCUCUGCAUUGGCAGCUGCUGCGAACGCCGCCGCCAUAGUCAGUGGAGAUGAGGCCAUGCUGCCCGCAACAGGCUCAGUGGCCGACAGCUUGGAGAAAAUGAAGGCCAUUUACACCUCCUUCCUGACCAACUCCUACUGGUCAACACUGAAUCUGAACCUGAGUCAGCCCCCGGCUGAAAAGCCCCCUCGCAGCCACAGCAGCAGCAGUAGCAGCAGCAGCAGCAGUAGCUGUGGAAGUGGAGGCUACGAUUGGCACCAGACAGCCAUGGCCAAAACCCUCCAGCAGGCUUCACAGAACCACCACAACAGGAUGGGUCUGGUUCAGCAUCCCACAGUGGCUGUGUCCACAGCAUCCACAGAACCCAACCUCUUCAGUACUGUCCAGCUGUACCGACAGAGCUCCAAGCUCUACGGCUCCAUAUUCACCGGUGCCAGCAAAUUCCGUUGUAAGGACUGCAGUGCGGCGUACGACACGCUGGUGGAGCUCACGGUACACAUGAAUGAAACGGGCCACUACCGCGAUGAUAACCACGAGACAGAAGGAGACGGUGCCAAAAGGUGGUCGAAGCCCAGGAAACGUUCCUUGCUAGAGAUGGAAGGAAAAGAAGAUGCGCAGAAAGUCCUGAAGUGCAUGUACUGCGGACACUCCUUUGAAUCCCUCCAGGACCUCAGUGUCCACAUGAUCAAGACUAAACACUAUCAAAAAGUGCCUCUGAAAGAGCCUGUUACACCAGUGGCAGCUAAGAUUAUCUCCUCAGCCCGAAAGAGAGCCCCUAUUGAUCUAGAAAUCCCUAGCUCCCCCGACUCAAACGGAGGUAACACGCCGAAGCCCACUUCCCUGAAUGAUCCCAACGACAUACUUCAGAAGGUUACCAACCCUUACAUCACGCCCAACAACCGCUACGGUCACCAAAAUGGUGCAAGCUAUGCCUGGCAGUUUGAAUCCAGGAAGUCACAGAUUCUUAAAUGCAUGGAGUGCGGAAGUUCUCAUGAUACACUUCAAGAGUUAACUGCCCACAUGAUGGUGACGGGACACUUCAUCAAAGUUACCAACUCUGCUAUUAAGAAGGGCAAACCGAUUAUAGAGUCAUCCAUCCAGGCACCGACAUCUAAUUUAACAACUGAGGAGAAGGUGCAAUCUGUUCCUUUGGCAGCCACAACCUUCUCCCCUCCCCCUGCUCCUGUGCCCCCACCAACCAGCAUUUCUCCCACAGCAAUGGUUGUGGAGAUUAAAAAAGAGGAGAAGGAAGAGGAAUGCACUAAAGAGUCUAUUGUCAACAAUGGUAACAACCUCACUAAGGAGAAGAAAGGAGGAGGUGAGGAGGAAGUUGAGGAGAAGUUUGAUAUUUCCUCAAAAUAUUCGUAUCUGACUGAAGAAGAUCUGGAUGAAAGUCCAAAGGGAGGUCUUGAUAUCCUCAAGUCUUUGGAAAACACAGUAACCUCAGCAAUCAACAAAGCCCAGAAUGGAGCUCCAAGCUGGGGCGGAUAUCCGAGCAUCCAUGCUGCCUAUCAGCUUCCAAAUAUUAUGAAGCUCUCGCUUGGUAACUCUGGAAAAAACUCCCCCCUUAAAUAUAUGUUCCCAGGAGGGGAGAUUCUCUCCCCAACUGGGAAGAACCAGCCGCUGAUUUCUCCUCCCAGUCGCCAGUCUUCUCCGCUUCCCAAAAACAAUUUUCACGCCAUGGAGGAGUUAGUGAAGAAAGUGACGGAGAAAGUAGCCAAGGUGGAGGAGAAAAUGCGAGAGCCCAGCACCGCUGCGAGGGGUUCUCCUCUGAGACGCACUACGCCCUCGCCCUGCAACAGCGAGGCCGGAGACUCCGCUCGAGGAGAGUCCCCCAAGGUCCCCACAGCAGGGAGCUGCAAAACUCCAGAGAGCGUGAGUGGAGUGGAGAAAGUAGUGGAUGAGAACGGAGCCAGUCACAAAGAUUCCAAUGGUGAUAUUUCCAUAAAAGAGUCUGUGGAGAAUGGAGUGAAUUCCAGUGCUGUGACAUCGCCGUUACCUGCCUCUCUGUGUGGCGGAACGGCCAUCAUCACAGACCAUCCGCCUCCCGAACAGCCCUUUGUCAACCCUCUCAGCGCACUGCAGUCAGUCAUGAACGUCCACCUGGGGAAGGCUGCUAAGCCCGCCCUGCCCUCCCUUGACCCCAUGAGCAUGCUGUUCAAAAUGAGCAACAGCCUAGCAGAGAAAGCAGCAGUGGCUGCCUCCACCCCACCAGCACAGACCAAAAAGACUAAUAACGACCACUUAGACCGCUACUUCUACCAGCAACAUCUGAACAAUGACCAACCUAUAGAUCUCACCAAAGGAAAAAAUCUAGAGAAAAGCAGCAAUGGCAGCUCUUUAGGUUCAGCGGCUCUCUCUUCCACCACCUCCACCCCAUCCUCGAUCUCUCCCUCCUCAGCCGUCACUAUGACUAAAGCCUCAGCGGCAGUAGCCUCCUUCAUGUCCACCUCCCCUUUGAGAGAAAAUGCCCUUUCGGAUAUCUCUGACAUGUUGAGAAACCUCACAGAAAGCCAGGCUGUUUCCAAGUCCUCCACACCCACCAGCCAGUCCGAGCGCUCCGACAUUGAUGGCGUCACGCCGGAGGAGACAGAAGACAUAUCGCCGGCCCAGAAGCGUAAAGGCCGGCAGUCCAACUGGAACCCUCAACACCUCCUCAUCCUGCAAGCUCAGUUUGCUUCCAGUCUGAGACAAACGAACGACGGGAAAUACAUGAUGUCGGACCUGAGCCCGCAGGAGAGAAUGCACAUCUCCCGUUUCACCGGCCUCUCCAUGACUACAAUAUCCCACUGGCUGGCCAAUGUCAAGUAUCAGCUGAGAAGAACCGGUGGCACCAAGUUCUUGAAAAACUUGGAUUCGGGUCACCCGGUGUUCUUCUGCAGCGACUGCGCCUCUCAGAUUCGUUCACCCUCCACUUACGUCAGUCACCUGGAAUCCCAUUUGGGCUUCCGGCUGCGAGACCUGGCCAAGCUUUCUGGGGAGCAGUUGCUCAGCCAGAUUUCGCAGCAGCAUCAGCAGCGCCACACCAAAGGACUAUCUGAAAAACUCUUCUCCAGUCUGCACCCAUCCACCCACCCGCUACCGUCCUCCCUGCCCACCACCCUACCCUCCACGUUACCCAUCUCCCUGUCCUCGCCCUUAACGACCUCUUUGCCCUCGAACAAAUCCCCGUCCCCCUCCCCGGACGAAGACGAGAGCGGAGCCAUGUACCAGUGCAAGCUGUGCAACCGGACUUUUGCAAGCAAGCACGCGGUCAAGCUCCACCUGAGCAAGACUCACGGGAAGUCCCCCGAGGACCACCUCAUGUACGUGUGUGAGCUGGAGAAACAGUAGCAGCGGCUGUGGACAGUGCUGCGUCCCUUCACUCUCGCUUACUCUCCUUAGCCUUUUACAGACAUUGAAAAAAGAUGAAAAGAUCAUCGAAGUGACGGAACUGCACAAGAUGCCACACAACUACUGCUCUGAGUUUUGGCACAUGAUUUUACACAUUGUGUUGUAGCAGUUUUUCCUUUUUCUAUUAUGUUUAUUGGUGAGGCCGACUAGCCACACUUGAUUUUAGUGAUCUUCUUUGACAGGAAAAGACUUUUUUCCCUCUUUUUUUUAAGGGCAUAUGGGAGCUCUUGUCAUUUUGACGAUACUGUGUAUGAAGGUUUAAAAAAAAAGAUUCUGAAAGUGGUGUGUAUUUUAAAAACUUGUGUAAAUGAAAUCAACUUCUUUUUAUAUUUUGGCGUCACUGAGGUGUGAUAAGCUGCAUGCAUAAAUAAAACAGUUAAGUUAACAUUUUAUAACUAAAUCUGGUGCACUUUCUAUAGUUUUUCUUUUUUUUUCCCCACUCUCAUAAUUGCUCUCUUUGUUCUGCUUAAUUUGUUUGUUUUUUUUUUUCCUCUUUUUUGUGGUUUAACAUUUAACCCUCUGAGUACGUCGAAGCACUUCUACACAAGACUGGGAAAUUACUGAAGCAAGUUUAGGAAUUAGAUUUGUUUACCAGACAUAUGCUAAGUCUACACAUGAAAGUCUAUUUAAAAAAAAAAGUGAUUCUCCAUUCGAUGUAAGUUUUUCUACAUAUUUGUGUGGCAGAUGCUCACAGGACUUGCAUUGUAGUGAUGUGGUUAAACAAAAAAGACAAAAAAAGAUUUCUCCUUUGUUAAUCAGGGACCUAUAUUAAUUCAGGUCUGUGUAAAAUAUGUAAAUAAUAUCAUAUGAAUUAACUCCAGUCUAAAUUAUGCAUCAUUUCUAUAUUUUUAAUUUAAAAGGAUUAUGACUAUCUGCUGGUGCACACUAUAUGAAGACGUAAAUGAAAAUGUUUUGCACAAUAGUUUUUAUAAAUGUGUUAUGUGAUCAAAGGAUAUGAA